AUGUCUUCCCACCGUCGGGCAAACACAGAAAUUAUCCAACCGCGCAAUCCUCGGCAGACAUCUGGGCAGUUGUUCGGUGACCAGUCCCACAGUUUCGAAGACCUCGACUACACUCGAACGCGUCCGGCUCCCUCGAACGAAAAUCUCGCCAGGAAGAGGCUGGAGGUCGGCGCGAGAUUUUUGACGGGUUUGUUUCAAGGGAAGUCCGAACAGGUCAACGUGGGACUCCUGCACCGACAAGAGGACCGAAAAUCUAUUGAAACGGAGUCAACGAGCAUGGACGACUCUAGCACCGGAGAACAGUAUAUCCUCUCAUAUACCACGCCGACCUUCACGAGCCGAUCACAAAAACGCAUGACGGCGCCGUCCCCUUUGAAACAAGUAACGUCGACAAAUCCCCUCUCGUUUUUCGGCCGGAUGCGUCCAGGCGAAAGUAGGCUGGAUCUUCCCGAACCUGCAGACGAUGAGUUCUUGAACCUCGAUAUAGGCGCGGCGCUGUUCCCUCCCAGCUCGAACAAUCUGAGUGACCAGGAAGCUUUUAGUGCAUUGCGAGACAAUGCAGAAAAUAUUAUUAAACGGUUGCAGGCAGCCUACAAACAGCGGACUUUUGCCCUACAUGAGGCGCUCAGCGUAAAGACCGAAAAACAGGAGGAGCUCGAGGAAACAAAAACGCGCAUCGGGCACCUGAAAAUUCAGCUGGAUGGAAUGGCGGAGAAGGUCCUCCGUCAGGAAAAGGCUAUGAAGGCCAUGGCGGAAGAGCUUGAACAGGAGAGGCAGUUGCGCCGUAAAGAAGAAGAGGCCCGAAGAAGUGUUAUGCUAGUCAAAUCGAGCGCUGACGUCGAGAGCGCCUCGGACAUUGCUGUUGAACUCCACGCCCCUAAGUGGAACUUGAAACGCCAGAGCAACAGCACCAUCCCCAGUGAUUCGGGCUUCGAAUCGGGCGAUGAGAGCCAAGCGGAAAGUGUGUUCUCCCGCCGGGAAGGUCUCGAAUCGCCCCCUUCAACAAUCACAGGGUCUCCAAACGUCUCUCAAACCACCCUUCCCGCCCCGCCAUCUGCCACCGUACAAGCCAGCCAGAGAGAGUCUAAACCUUUACCUGCGCCGCCAGUUCGCGAAUCUGCCUAUAAUAGAGUCAUAAAAGGACUCGCAUCCAGUGGUAUUUCUAGCGCGUGGACAGGCAAUUCUUCCAAGUGCAGGAUAUGCUAUGGUGUGCCUUCAUCUGAAGCCUGGAGCGUCAUGGGCGUCCUGAAAGAGGAAAACAAAGGCCUUAAGACACGACUAGGCGAGCUGGAAAUGGUCAUAGAUGACUGCCUAAGCCUGGUUGGGCCCUGA